AUGCAUCAAGCCGCCCCUGUAACUAGUAGAGCAUUGAGUAUAGAUGCGGUAGCAAGAACGUUCACCCCCAUUUGGAAAACACGCAAUGGCUUCCAGAUACGGAAUCUGGGUGACCAUAAAUUCCUUUUCGUUUUUGAUAAUGAAUCAGAUGCAGAGAGGGUGCUGCAAAAUGAGCCGUGGAGUUUUGAUAAACACCUUAUUGUGUUCCAACGCUUCAAUAAGGAUAAGGUCCUUGACGAUUAUAAUCUGAACAAAGCUGCAUUGUGGGUGCAAGUCCAUAACAUACCGUUGGCUUAUAUGGAUAGAGAGACAGCAGAAGAAAUAUGCUCGACGGUGGGUAAGGUGGUGCAGUCUGCCGGGUCUAAAGAGACGGGGGGGGGGGAAGGCUUCAUUAGGGUCAGAGUGAUAGUGAAUGUUACCCAGCCGCUGUGUCGAGGAAGAGUGGUGACCCUUGAAAAUGGUACGAAAACAUGGGUUUCAUUCAGGUACGAAAGACUUCCGAACCUGUGUUAUUGGUGUGGCUGCCUAGAUCACGACGAUAAAAAUUGCGAGAUUUGGCUCCAAAGUGAAGGAAGCUUGGACCAGAGCAACAAGAAAUAUGACUCCAGUAUACGGGCGAAACCAGUUUUCCCUUCGAGCAGGCAUGUGGUUCAUGUUCCAGGAUACUUUGAGGGGAGGAAAAAGGUACCAGAAAAAUCGGUAACUUACAGAAGCAGUGGAACAACAGCCCCGAGGCAUCCACCAAUCUCACGGCCAUCAACUCCGGUAUCGCCGGAGAAGGAUAGCGUGAAUCCAGGAGGUAACGGAAAGGCAGCAGUUAAUGAUUUACCAAUUACAGAAGAUUGUAAUCCCGUGUUUGGCGCUAUUCCUGCAACGGUGGACAACGGUCAAGAGAAUUAUAGGGAGAAAUUUAAGGGCAUUGAUAUGGGUAUGCAGAGUGUUGAGCUAACAGAGGAAGACGUUACUAUAGUCACUAAUGAGACAGUAGAUCCUGUCCCUGAUGGGCCGAAUGUGGACCCAACUAAAGUUCUUAAUAAGCCCAACAUUGCUUCUAGCAAGCCCACAAAAUGGAAAAGAGUUGCUAGGCCUGUUACGUUCCAAGAGGAGUCUGAGCUUGUAGUAAAACUGGGAAAGCGCUUCAACACAACUCCAGCAGAGACAAACCCGAUACAGAAGCGUAAAACUUCAGAAGAUACACAGAGCUAUGGUGGUGAUCAUUCAACGGUGGAGGCUGUUAUUCAGCCCCGCCGAGAACUAUGA